AUGCCGCCUCUGCCAAUCAACGUCGGCGACAAGCUCGGCAUUGAGAGAAGUACACCUUCUCAGCCACAGAAAGCUGCACGGCUAAAAUUGCUGGGCGCAUUCGCUGUGACGGCCUUCGUCGUUGUUCAUGGGCUUUGGGGUUCGUCUGGUAUCCGCCACCACCUAUGUGCUGGCAGCACUGGGAGACGCGAUUGUGGCCGUCUCGAAGCGUUGGAUGAGAGAGCACGCUGCGUUCUCUCCAAUACACCCCUGAUCGACGGACAUGUUGACUUCCCAAUCCUGCUUCGCGGAGUCUACGGCAACCAGGUUGAAGCUACUGCGUUCAGGGAGGCCUUUGAAAAUGGUACUUUGACAGGCCAAGUUGAUUUGCAUCGGCUUAGACAAGGAUCUUCCGGUGGUGCAUUUUGGAGCGUCUAUGCGCCUUGCCCAAAAGAUGGCGGUGACUUCUCGGACGAGAAUUACGCUGCGAGUGUUCAGUAUACGCUCGAUCAGAUCGAUGUCAUGAACAGGCUGCAGAAGCUGUACCCACAUGACUUCUCGCAAGCGGUAGAUAGCAAGACCGCUCUGGCAGCCUUCAACCAGGGCAAGCUCAUUUCACCGCUAGGUGUUGAAGGACUGCAUCAAAUCGGAAAUAGAGUGGCUAAUCUUAGACUGUUCCAUGAUCUGGGUGUUCGAUAUGCUACUCUCACGCACAAUUGUCACAACAAGUUCGCCGAUGCCGCUGUUCUGGACAGCCCUACGAGAAAGGCGGAACCAAAGUGGCAUGGUCUCAGCCCCAUUGGCCGCAAGCUUGUUCAUGAGAUGAAUAGAAUAGGAAUGAUUGUCGAUCUCGCCCAUGUCAGCGACGAUACAAUGCGCGAUGUUCUGGGUGGUAAUGACGCCUGGGAAGGCUCCAAAGCCCCGGUCAUUUAUUCACACAGCUCAGCGUAUAGUAUUUGCCCACAUCCGCGAAAUGUCAAUGAUGAGAUCCUGCAACUCGUCAAGAAACACAACUCAUUGGUCAUGGUCAACAUUGCCCCGGAUUUCAUUUCUUGCAUCGACAAUGGCAGCGAAAAUGGUAUCCCCGAUCCAGUCCCGGAAGAAGCCACAAUUCAGCAAGUAGCGCGCCAUAUCCUACACAUUGGCAACCUCAUCGGCUUUGAUCAUGUUGGCGUCGGGACGGACUUUGAUGGUAUUCCGACACUUCCCAAAGGUUUCACUGAUGUGAGCCAGUAUCCGGACCUUGUGAUCGAGUUAUUGAAGAAUGGAGUCAGCGCUUCUGACGCGGCAAAAGUUGUCGGUGGCAAUCUCCUGCGAGUAUGGGCAGGAGUUGACGCCGUCGCGGCGGAGCUGCAAGCUGCCGGCCAACCCGCCAUGGAGGACGAGCUGUGA